UGUUGGUGUUGGUGCAGCUUCAGGAUUAACUUGCUGGCUGACAUUCUGCUCAUAGCUGACACUCCCACACCCUCGCACACUUCCAGUCCCGCUCUAGUCGCUCCACUCAGGGAAGCAAAAGCACACCUUUGUGUUUUUCUUCUCAACAUCAUCCUUCCUAAAUGGAGACUUCUAGAAGCUGAGUUACAUCCAUCCAAACAUCAGCCGCUCAUGAAGGCAAGCACGCCAACUUUCUCAGGCAAAUCAAGGACGCUGCUUGGUGUUCAGCUCAGACUUCCAGGAGAACUCUCUGGCCAGCCAAUCACAGGGCAGAUGUCCACAAACAACAACACUUACUUGACCACUGACGCCAUGGACGAGGACGGAAUGGACAGUCCCGUGGCCGUGAAGGUGGAGGGCCACUCUCGCUCCAUCAUCCUGAGGUACUUCCGGGGCGACAUCGGCAGCAUGGUGGACGCUCACUUCCACCGCGCUCUCAGCAAAGUCUCCAGGGCCAACGCUCCGGUGGGCAGGGCCAAGAAAAUACGCAAAACCAUCAAAUUAGAGGAGAGCAGCCACUGUCAGGCCAACGGCGCCAUGCCUCUUCCAGUGCCGGGUCGUCACGUGGCGUUCAGCCCCGUGGACGAUCCCUCCAGGCCGUGGCCCUCCUUCCUCGCCAGGACCAGAGAAGAAGCCUCGGGGUUGCCGUCUGCCACCGCGUAUUCCAUGUCGCCGGAAGACUUGAGUCUGACGGGGCAGCAGUACGCCACGUCCUUGCUCAACCUCUUGCACAGCGACCGCAGCGAGAUGGGGCCCGGUGUGGCCUCCGGCUCCAAGACGGAACUGGUGCCCAGCUGGAUGGUACCCCAGGGUUUCAGGGACUCUGUGGAUCCUGCUGCAGGCUUUGAGUCUGGACAGUGCAUGGACAAGAAGGACUUGUACUGGUACUGAAGGCACCAGGCCGGCCGGGACAGAGCAGGAAGGGGCAGGGAGAAUAUCUCAGCAUGAAGGCAGUGCGAUGGAGGAACCUGUCCUGUAACUUUCUGCUCCAAAAGCAGUCUCUGCUCCUUUUUUUUGCAGCCCGGUAGCUUCCAGUUGCCAUUUCCCAGCCAUCUAUCAGGGCCCAGUAUUACUGUUAUUAUUACUGUAAAUAUGUUGACAAACAAGCAAAUAACUUACAUUCAACACUGGUGAACAAAAGCAUUAUUACAGAUAUUAUUGUUGUGUCAUUUUGCUGACACUCAAGAAAGAAGGAAACAUUAAUGCAUUGUUCGGUCAUCUCCUUUAACAUGUUUAUGUUUACAUAAUCCCUUUUUCUAAAUAAACAUUACUCCUUUGAUACUC